UCUUCUUCCAUCUAUAGGAAAUGAAAAUAAGAUAAUUCCUUCCUUCCUUCUUUCUUUCAUUGCCUAUUUGCCCUUUCUGAUCUCUUCUUUCUUUCUGGGAAUCCCUGAACCUCAAAUCUCCCAAUCUCACAUCUGUCUGAUUAUCUUCGGAAUCAAUUUCAAACGCACCAUCCGCCUAGCCCAACCCAAGGAGGAAAGCAACACACAAACAAGAAAACAAGCCUCAGAAUUUGGAUCCGCUGUGAAUAUUAGCCUCGAUCGAAAUCUCAACUUGUCCGAGAGGGGUCAACAACACCGGGAUUGAUCAUUGAUCUGCCAUCUUUUACACCAGCAGAUUUAAUUUGCUUACUUUGAGACCUUUGGGUGUUUCUCAAUUAUGCCUCUGCAAUUCCAAUUCCUCUCUAUCUUUACCUUUUAAGGAAGGUUCCUCCAUUUCAAUAGCUCCAUCCAUGCCAGAGCCAUUUCUAAAUUUUAUAAUUUUAUAACGAUUGAGUGUCAACUUCCGGUUUCAACUGCAUGCUGCCACGGCUUCACAUCUCUCUCUAAUCCAUGGGGGAGUGGGUCGUUGGAGCUUUCAUCAACCUUUUCGGCAGCAUUGCCAUCAACUUUGGAACUAACCUUCUGAAAUUGGGGCAUAAUGAGAGAGAGAGACAUUCAAUACUAGAAAGUGAAGGAGCAAGUGGAAAGCUUCCUUUGAAGCCUAUUAUACACUUUCAGACAUGGAGAGUUGGCUUUUUAUUUUUCGUUCUUGGUAAUUGCCUAAAUUUCAUAUCCUUCGGAUAUGCUGCUCAGUCACUUCUUGCGGCACUGGGUUCCAUUCAGUUUAUAUCCAACAUUGCAUUUGCUUACUUCGUGUUAAACAAAAUGGUGACUGUUAAGGUAAUGGUUGCCACAGCCUUUAUCGUUCUUGGGAACAUUUUUCUUGUUGCUUUUGGCAACCACCAAUCACCUGUAUACACACCAGAACAGCUGGCCGAGAAAUACAGCAACAUUGCAUUCCUUCUUUACUGCCUAAUUUUGGUUUUAGUUGUUGCCUUACAGCACUCCAUUUACAGGAGAGGAGAACUUCUGCAUGCUGUUUCUGGACAGGAUCUAAGACCCUAUUGGCAUAUGCUACUUCCUUUUUCCUAUGCUAUAGUUUCAGGUGCUGUUGGGUCAUUCUCAGUGUUGUUUGCAAAAUCUCUCUCUAACCUGCUACGUUUGGCCAUGUCUAGCAGUUAUCAGUUACAUAGCUGGUUCACAUACUCCAUGCUCCUUUUAUUUCUAAGUACAGCUGGAUUUUGGGUAUCAGUUAUUGCAGAGCCAACUUUCAAUUUCAUGAUGGCUCGGUUGAAUGAAGGAUUGUCAUUAUUCGAUGCAAUCCUUAUUGUUCCUAUGUUUCAGAUUGCUUGGACAUUCUUUUCCAUUUGUACAGGAUUUGUAUAUUUUCAAGAAUACCAGGUAUUAAAUGCACUAAGGACAACAAUGUUCAUACUGGGCAUGAUGUCUGUGUUUGUAGGCAUUUCUUUGCUGGCACCUGAUGAUUCAAAAGGUGCUGAAGUCAAAGAUAAUUCAUCUUUAGUUUCUGUGAUGUCUUCAACCAUUCCAAAAGACGAGGGCAGGCUAGCUGUUCCAUCCGAAGAUGUACAAAUUAGAGACACAAGAUCAUUUGUGCAAGGAAUCCUGAUGAAGAUUUCAGAUACAAUAGUGAAGGCAAAGACUGCUUGUGCGUUGUCACUUGGAUUUGGAGAGGAUUCAAUCAAUGCAUCUGCGGUCCUUGUGAUGCCCAUGGUGUCAUCAAAGAUAACGGGCUUUAGAGGAAACGGGUUUGACCGGGCGAAGAUUUUCUCCAUGAAAAAUUCUGGUUGGACUAAGAUCUCUAUGGAUGAAGAUGCUACAAAGAUGCUAGAGACAAGCCCUGUGCUCCCUGAGAGCCCUUGAUAGGAGUAGUAAAAUGCAUUCAAUUGGUUAUUAUUAGGAGGGAAUUAUUUCCAUUUUAUUGUCUUUUGUAGAAAUACAAAUGUUUAGGAUUCAUAUUUUUCCGCUUAUGGAGGCAUUGCUGUUUUCUCAAUGAGCUGUAAUUCGUCACGCUAUUGUAUAUUCUUACUCGUAUAUUUGAAAGAAAUGAGAGUAUCUUCCUUUACGGAUGCUUAA